GAGCUUGUCGAGUGCAGAACUUGAAGAAGAUAAAUUCUCAUAUUUUACUGUGUAGUCUAUUUUUUCACAUAUAUAUAUCAAAGAAGAGAAUUUCACAGCAAAGAAAAGAUAAUUGCGUAACUUCCUUUUUGAAAAUUAUAUUUUCUGCGUAUAUUAAUUGCUAAUAUUUUACCUGUUGUUCAGACACAUAAGACUCCAUCCACGUGAGUGAAGUUUUUUUUUGUGUAGUGAAAUAGAAGAAUAUUUUAUCUCAAGAGAAGGCGAGGAGAUAAAUACGAAAAGGAGGCAAAUUGUGUAAAAAUCAUCGUCAAUAGAUGGACUUUAAGAGGCCAGUUAAAAGUCCACGAAAAGAGUUAGUCCACGACGCAAAAGUGCCUGACUUUUGAAGAAAGAGGAACAAUAAUGUGGCAGUGGAGUUGUGAUAAUAUAACAGUGUUUGAAUGAUAAGUGUAAUAUCAUCACUUUGACUUGAGGUGAACAAAUGGAACUUCUGCUAUACAUCGCAGUAGAAAUCCUCGAAAGUCCGAAGAGUUAACGAAGGCCUUUUAAACGAUCUAUCCUCAUUUUCGGUCUUGACAUCGGGUGACACCGCCAAGCAAUUGGUUGGAGUGUGAAUGCAAUAGGAGGAAAAUUACGGAAAAAUCAACACUCGCCUAAGGACAUUCAUCAAUCCAAACAAGUCAAGAGUGUGUAAGGGAGAGAUUGAUAGGAGAAUCAGCACAAAUCCGCAGUCAUCAAGUUUACACAGUGGAUUAAGAAUCCAUUCUAAAAUAUUAAAAAAGUCUCAGUGUAUGUGUUAUUAGAAUAAUUGAGAAAGAUUUCAAAGAGGAGAAGUGUAAUACUGACACAGUGUGUAAGAAAAAGAAGAAAAAAUUUGUGAUUAUAUCGAGUGGAAACAUUUUCUUCUGUGUCAAGUUUGAGCCACGCAGCUGAGAUUAUCAAGACUCAAGCGCGACGUCUUUUUCCAAACCAAUUAAAACUCCGCAAAGUUUAGCGAUAAUUCAAUAGAGGAGGAAAAUCAUGGAACGUGAGUCAAAUCCAAUGCAGCCUAUGUGCAGAUCCGGAUGCGGAUUCUACGGAAAUCCCGCUACAGAUGGUCUCUGUUCUGUUUGCUACAAGGAUUCGCUGAGAAAAAAGCAGCAACCACCUGUCAGCAGUACUUCUGUUCCUGCUUCAACUAACCCCUCUGGUGGAUCCAGUAACGUUGGCACAGUUACAGUUGUAUCACAACCGCAGACACAGAAUUUCACUAGCGCGGUUACAGUCACCAGCACAGCACAGCCAACAGUGCAGAGUUUGCAACAGCACAAUGAAAUUAAAGAUAAAUUGACCAGCGAUGAUACAUCUUCCACUACAAAUGCAGGCCCUUCUGCCACGGGCAACGAGCAGGAAGACGACAAGGAGGAUAAGGAGUCAAAGAAGAAGAAGAAUCGUUGUGCCGUCUGCCGCAAAAAGGUUGGAUUAACAGGUUUUGAAUGCCGUUGUGGCGGCCUGUACUGCGCCAUCCAUAGAUAUAGUGAUAAACACGACUGUACAUUUGAUUAUCGAGAACACGGAGCUCAAGAAAUUAGGCGCAAUAAUCCCGUCGUAGUUGGUGAAAAAAUUCAAAAAAUUUGAACUCUCGUGCCAUCAUUUCAAUGUAAUAAUCAAUCUAUAAUAUAAAAGAAAAAACCUAUUAAUAAUUAAAAUUAAAAAAAAAUAAUUGAUUAAGUAAGGAAACUGAGAGAGAGAGAGAGAGCGAAAGAGAGGGAACGUUUUGAGAAAAAUGAAGAAAAAAAAAACAUUACAUAUGCAUAUAUUAAAUCUUAACUAUUAAUUCAAAUAAAUAUUCAAAAAGCUGCAAAAACGCGGAAUGGCAAAAUGUUUUUUUCUUUUUUUUAAUUUGUUCGAUGUAUAAAACAGAAUUAUUACAUUAAAAAAAAGAAACACUUAGAGAAGAGACAUGUUUGGAAAAAAAAUACAAUUUAGGAAUGAAAUUCUCAUUAGAUAUGUUUAGUUUUCUUUUGUAGGAAUUAAUUUGUUUUUUUUUUUUUCUUUUCUUUAUAAUAAAAAAAAACAUACAAGCCAAAAUUGUUAGUAAUGCAUGAAUUCAUUAACUGAAGACCCUUAUUAAAUUUAUAAAAAAAAUGACCUCUGCAACAGGAAAGAACUUGAGUAACAUGAACCAAACUUACACUAUUUUGUUUUUUUAUUUUUCAUUUACAUAACAUUAUUACACUACAAUUUCCAGCGAUAGGAAAUCUUUUUUUUUACACUGUGUACAGAUUUACAAUGUUCUAACAAAGGUACAGCUAAUUAAAAGAAAAAG